GCUAAAGCAAACUGUGCUAUUAGGGGUAGUGUCCCAACGAAAAAGUCACCCUGAAAUGGAUAGUAAGGGUAUAAGAAAUACGUGCUAGGAGAGUUUGGUAAUUUAGUGGAACAACGACUUUUGGGUUGAGACCACUAUAUAUUCUGUUUAUAUGUAAAUCUGUUUGAGUAUUUGUUAUUGAAAAGCCGAUACACAACAAUAACGUCAAGUCAUUUCGAAAAUACCAUAAAGGUUGCAUUCAAAAAGUCGUGCUGUUCUCACUGUGAAGUUCUUAUAUGUCAAAAUAUCAGAAUAAUCUGUUAUUUAUGGCACAAAUAAGUCAUUGUUUUUCAGAAUAUUUUCCACGAAUAUCAUGGAUUUUCAUAUGAUGAAAUAUUUUUCUGCGAUAUUUUUUGUAAGAAUAAAUUGUAAGGCUUGAAUGAAAAUUUGUAAAAACCAAAUGUACAGUCUUAACGUUUUUGUUAUCUAUCAAGAAGCUGAUUGAAUGAAGUGAGAUAUAUUUUCAACAUUUUGAUAGAUGUUGUAAAAAGUCAAAUUGAGGAUUAAAAGUAAAAAGAAUCAACUAAAAACUUACGUUUACAAUUCUUAACAACAAUAUGGAUUCUUCGAAAAAUACAAAACUCAAGAAUGAUCCGAUUGUAAAAGGAAAUAGUUUAGCAACAACAGCCAAUGAUCAUAAAUUUUCUGGAGAAGUACAAAAAGCUGCCCUGUCAAUUUCACCAACUACUUUACUAGCAAAAAGUUCCGUUUUAUUGCCAACCGGUAUUGCACGUGUUAAGCAAUAUUCUGAGAAAAAGGCAGAUGUACUCAAAGGGUCUGCAACUCCUUCAAGUUCCUAUAGUUCUGCCACUGGCAAUCCUAGAAAUAAGACUGCACUUGCGCCCGGUCAUAGUCUGAUGGAUUGGAUCCGUCUUGGCUCCUCAAAUAUUGAUCUUACUGGGGUUGGUGGCAUUAGUCAAAUCGUCACAAUGACCGAACUUACUAAGCAUAACCAAAAGAAUGAUGCAUGGAUUGCUAUUCGAGGUGUUGUAUUUAAUGUAACAAGAUAUAUGGAUUUUCAUCCGGGUGGAGUGGAGGAACUAAUGAAAGGUGUAGGAAAAGAUGCUACUAAGCUCUUUGAGAACGUUCAUGCAUGGGUCAAUUACCAAAGUAUUUUACAAAAAUGUAUCGUAGGCAAAUUGAGUAAGGAAGGAAUAACAGAUUUACGCAACGUUGCUUUUGAUUGUGAUAAACAAUCAACAAAAAAAUGUUCUCUUACGGAUGACAAAUUAGUAAAAUCAUCAUUGGGAAUUCAAAGUGACUGGAAACAAACUACUAAUACUAUAUCAUUUGUAUAUAAAAUUUCGAAAGAUCAAUCAUUUCCUGGUUUCCAACUAAUACGAAUAAAUGAAAAAGAAUUCAACAUACAAAUUCACACACUUGAUAGUAUUACAAAACAUGAAUAUGAUCUUUGUAAUAAAGUACAAUGGCCCCCUGUAUGGAACAAAAAUUUUGAAACAGGAGAGAUAUCUUUUUGUUUUUCCAAGAUAAUCGGAGGGUUGUGGAAAUCUUAUGGAAGUCGGGUAACUGUAAGUAACACUAAACGAUUUGAAAAGGAUUAUAGGAGCUGGGAAGUUGUCAGCAAUACAGUACUGUGUGAAGCUGUUCAUCUUCUAGUUUUAAAAUCAAAUAAUUAUAUGGAAAUAAUGGUAACUGGUCGACACGUGGAAGCCAAAAUGAAUGUGAUGGAUACAGAAAUUACGAGAUGUUAUACACCAGUACCUUUAUUUCUUCACUCUGAAAACAUCUUAUCUGAACAUAAACCCGACUAUUUAUACCUAAUAAUUAAACGAUACAAUAAUGGAAAUUUAAGUCCAUCCAUAACAGCUCUUCAACAAGGACAAUCGUUAAUUUUAAGUAAUGGUUUAGGUACAUUUGAGGUUGAAUCUUUUGACAAGUAUUCGACUAUUCAUAUACUUGCUGCAGGUACUGGAAUAACUCCAAUGUUAAGUAUUAUCCACCGAGCCCUCCAAAGACGCAACAUAGUUGCCAUAAAUGUUCUUAAUUUCAACAAAAAUGAAAAGAACAUUUUUUAUAGUCCACAACUAAAAGAAAUCAGUACGGAUAUACGAUUGACCGUGACUGAUAUUUUAUCACAAGCUGAUGAUUCGUGGCAUGGCAAACGUGGAAUAGUAUCAGAAGUAUUAUUGAAAGAAUUGAUCGGUAAUCCUAUGGCAUUAAGCUGUAUAUUCAUAUGUGGCCCAACUGUGUUUAUGAAUGUAGCAAAUGAAAUCCUCUUGAAAUUUGGAUGGGAAACAUCUCAAAUAUAUGACUUCAAAGGAUAGGAAAAUUUUUUUUCAAUAAUUAAGAAAACAUUAUUCAAGGGUAUAUAAAUAAAUAUAGACAAAAUUGAUGAAUAAAAAAAUAAACAGAAAACCAAAAUAUUAAUAUUUAUAAAG